CAUUUCCCUUAUCCGGAGACAAGCCUUCCUUUCCCCCGUCCCCCCUAAAACCCCCCACGCAGGCGCCUCCUCCGGCGAAGAGGCGUCGGGGCCAGCCAUGGCGAUGGCGUCGCCGCCCGCUUGCUCAUUCCUCCUCCCGCCCGCCGCCGCCGCCGUUUCCACUGUACCCGCAUCCUACGGUUCCGUUUCCAUCCCACGCGGGCCUCGUUUCCUCACCUCCCCGGCGCGCCCCGUCCCACCUCGCCGACCCCUCGUCGCGGCCUCCUCUCCCAAGGCCGCAGCGCCCGCCGCCGUCGAGAUCCCGGAGGAGUACGUGGACGACGUUGACGCGGUGAACAUUGCGCAGGACGUCACCCAGCUGAUUGGUAAAACCCCAAUGGUGUACCUGAAUAAUAUUGUUGACGGCUGUGUUGCUAAUAUCGCUGCUAAGCUUGAGUACAUGGGACCUUGCAGGAGCGUCAAAGAUAGGAUUGGAUUAAGCAUGAUUAAUGAUGCUGAAGAGAAAGGGUUAAUUUCUCCAAACAAGACCAUUUUGGUAGAACCAACUACUGGAAAUACUGGUAUAGGCCUAGCUUCUGUGGCUGCAGCUAGGGGAUACAAGCUAAUAGCAACUGUACCUUCGUCAAUAGAUGUUGAGAGACGCAUUCUUCUACGUGCAUUUGGAGCUGAGAUUGUGCUAACUGAUCCUAACAAGGGAUUAAAAGGAGCUCUUGAUAAAGCUGAGGAAAUUGUUUCAAGGACACCAAAUGCAUACAUGUUUCAGCAGUUUAACAAUUCAGCUAAUAGUGAGAUCCACUUUCAAACCACAGGCCCAGAAAUAUGGGAAGACACAUUGGGUACUGUUGACAUACUAAUUGCAAGCAUUGGCACAGGUGGUACUAUCACGGGCACUGGGCGUUAUUUGAAAAUGAUGAACAAAGAUAUUAAGGUUAUUGGGGUAGAACCUGCUGAAACUAGUGUAAUCUCUGGAGAUAACCCAGGUUAUAUUCCAAGCAUAUUAGAUGUUCAGCUGCUUGAUGAAGUUGUGAAGGUUACCACCGCAGAGGCAGUUGAUGUUGCAAGGGAACUUGCACUAAAAGAGGGCCUACUGGUUGGAAUUUCGUCAGGUGCUGCCACAGUUGCUGCUAUUAACAUCGCUAAAAGACCUGAAAAUGCUGGAAAGUUGAUUGCGGUUAUUUUCCCCAGCUUUGGAGAAAGAUAUAUCUCAAGCAUUUUAUUCCGUCCGAUAUAUGACUCGGUCCGAAGAAUGAGGAAGAGAUAACUAACUUCUGGCAGUCCAGGAGGACGAAGGCUUUCAUUUCUAAGCCUGACAGACUUCCACGGCAUAACAGACUUUUGAAGGGUGAGGUCUCAAGGUAGAUCACAACGAGCAGUGCCUGAAAUUUUGAAACGCCAGAGGCACUGGUCACAGAAGUUUUGAAAUUGCACACAGUUACCGACAAGUGGGCUGCAAGCCUGCAAUGUGGUUCCAGGAAAACCUGUCCAAUUCAUGGUAACUGUAAAUCAUCUGCAACAAGCGUGUGGAACCAAGACCACGCAUCCACGGUGGAAUAUGUAGAAUUAGACGUAGCAGCUCGCAUAGGAUCGUUGUUCCAUGGUCUAGGCUCGACGACGACGUAAUUUUGCAAUGUGCUAUUUUCUGGUCUGAUCAGCAUAUUUUUUAUAUGGAUAUCCAUUCUUCAAAGAUGUGAGUUCAUCUAGGUCUAGGUCAAUAUCAAGAAAUUUCACUAUUUACAUCUAAUUCGCAGUGUUUUCAGGAUUUGCUAGCCAAUUUCCGUGACUCUCAAAAUCUACCACUUAAGAUGUGAAUUUAUUCAAUUUU